GGAAUCACCAUCCUACGUUUGCAGCCAGCAGUGAAUGAAGCCGCAGGAGUAGAAGUUAGAAGGAAAGAAGCGAAAACGUUGACUGGAGUAAAAUGGAAGCCUCAGUAAUAUUACCCAUUCUGAAGAAAAAACUAGCCUUCCUUUCAGGUGGAAAGGACAGACGAAGUGGCCUCAUUCUGACAAUUCCAUUAUGCUUGGAACAGACAAAUAUGGAUGAGCUGAGUGUCACCUUAGACUACCUGCUCAGCAUUCCAAGUGAAAAGUGUAAGGCUAGAGGAUUUACCGUCAUUGUGGAUGGCAGAAAAUCACAGUGGAACGUGGUGAAAACAGUAGUCUUAAUGCUACAGAAUGUUGUUCCAGCUGAAGUGUCCCUUGUUUGUGUGGUGAAGCCAGAUGAAUUCUGGGAUAAGAAAGUAACACAUUUUUGUUUUUGGAAAGAAAAGGAUAGACUUGGCUUUGAGGUUAUUUUAGUGUCUGCCAAUAAAUUGACUCGUUAUAUAGAACCAUGCCAAUUAACAGAAGAUUUUGGUGGAAGUCUUACCUAUGAUCACAUGGACUGGUUAAAUAAGAGACUGGUUUUUGAGAAGUUUACAAAGGAAUCUACAUCAUUAUUAGAUGAACUUGCUUUGAUUAACAAUGGAAGUGAUAAAGGAAAUCAAGAGAAAGAAAGGUCUGUGGAUUUAAACUUUCUUCCAUCAGUUGAUCCUGAAACAGUUCUUCAGACAGGGCAUGAAUUGUUAUCCGAAUUACAGCAGCGUCGAUUUAAUGGCUCGGAUGGAGGGGUCUCAUGGUCUCCUAUGGAUGAUGAACUACUUGCACAGCCACAGGUUAUGAAAUUAUUAGAUUCACUGAGAGAGCAGUAUACCCGUUACCAGGAAGUUUGUAGGCAACGUAGUAAGCGUACACAGUUAGAAGAGAUUCAGCAGAAGGUGAUGCAGGUCGUGAACUGGCUCGAAGGACCUGGAUCAGAACAACUAAGAGCCCAGUGGGGGAUUGGAGACUCCAUCCGGGCUUCCCAGGCCCUGCAGCAGAAGCACGAGGAGAUUGAGAGCCAACACAGUGAAUGGUUUGCAGUAUAUGUGGAGCUUAAUCAGCAAAUUGCAGCACUUUUAAAUGCCGGAGAUGAGGAAGAUCUUGUAGAACUGAAGUCGUUGCAGCAACAGCUUAGUGAUGUUUGUUAUCGACAGGCCAGUCAGCUGGAAUUUAGGCAAAAUCUCUUACAAGCGGCCCUUGAAUUUCAUGGUGUUGCUCAAGAUUUGUCUCAGCAGUUGGAUGGCUUAUUAGGGAUGUUGUGCGUAGAUGUAGCACCAGCUGAUGGAGCAUCGAUUCAGCAGACUUUAAAACUGCUUGAAGAGAAGCUGAAAAGUGUUGAUGUAGGAUUGCAAGGUUUGCGUGAAAAAGGUCAAGGUCUUCUGGAUCAGAUCUCCAAUCAGGCAUCCUGGGCCUACGGAAAGGAUGUAACCAUUGAAAAUAAAGAAAAUGUGGACCACAUACAAGGAGUGAUGGAAGAUAUGCAGCUUAGGAAACAAAGAUGCGAAGACAUGGUAGAUGUGCGGAGGUUAAAGAUGCUUCAGAUGGUGCAGUUGUUUAAAUGUGAAGAAGAUGCUGCCCAGGCAGUAGAAUGGCUAAGCGAACUUCUGGACGCUCUGCUUAAGACCCACAUCAGAUUGGGCGAUGAUGCUCAGGAAACGAAAGUUUUACUGGAAAAGCAUAGAAAAUUUGUUGAUGUUGCACAGAGCACUUACGACUAUGGAAGACAGUUGCUGCAGGCCACGGUCGUGUUGUGCCAGUCUUUGCGCUGCACUUCUCGAUCAUCUGGGGAUACACUUCCUCGACUGAACAGAGUAUGGAAACAAUUUACAAUAGCAUCCGAAGAGAGAGUACAUAGGCUGGAAAUGGCUAUUGCAUUUCACUCAAAUGCCGAAAAGAUUUUGCAGGACUGUCCAGAAGAGCCUGAAGCUAUUAAUGAUGAGGAACAAUUUGAUGAAAUUGAAGCAGUUGGGAAAUCACUUUUGGAUAGAUUAACUGUUCCUGUAGUUUAUCCUGAUGGAACUGAGCAAUAUUUUGGGAGUCCAAGUGACAUGGCUUCUACUGCAGAACACAUCAGAGACAGGAUGAAACUAGUUAGUCUCAAAAGGCAGCAGCUGAGACAUCCUGAAAUGAUGACCACAGAGAGCUAAUAGCUGCCAGCUUCCCUCAGAUCUGCGUUCAUAAUAAUUCCGCAUGUCAUCGGCAUACUACAGCAUUAGCCACAAUACAUUAAGAUACAUUUCACAUCCAAGAUAAGCCUCAUUUCUUCUCAUUACACAUUUCUCUCUACAUGUUAACACCUUGCAACUGCCAAGGCAUAAUUAUUUAACAUGCUUUGAGACCAUAGACUCCAAGUAUCUUAAAAGAAGGAACUGUAAACAUUGCACUGAAAACUUGCUUUAAAGCUUUACCUGACCUGUCAGUUUGUAGAUGAACAACUGAUAAUAAGUUUUGAAUGGUGCUAAUAAGAGUUUAGGAAUUCUCUAUAUAAAAAAUGGUUGCCCUUUCUCCCCAGGUGAUGUAGUAAAUUUAGACUGUAGUUAAAUGGUUAUUAGUAAAUAGUGGUGUCCCCGCAAUUUUACUUUGUAAUUCUUUUCAAAUUUGAUUAUUUUUAUUGUGUCAGUAUGAAGAAAACAGAUCUUUGAUAUAUCGUAUUCAUCGAAAGACAUUUUCCUAUUUGUAUUGAUAAUGUAUUAAAAGUUGUUUGUGCUUAAUAAAAGGCUUUUAAAUAUUUAAUUUGGUGAUUAUAUCCUAUUUCCAAACAUGAGUGCCUUAUUGAAAAGGGCAUUCUUAGGAUUGUGAAGAUGGUUUAAUAUUUGUUUUUUCAACUUGGUUGCAUGUGUUUUAGCCAGGAAAUUCAUAUGUAAGCAUGUGUAUAUAACAACAGCAUGUUUUAUCAUGAAAAAAUAAUUGUGAAGAACAAUUUAGAUCUUUAAGAACUUAUGAAUAAUGGAGUACUAUUUCUAAUUUUUCUCUUCAACUUGAACAAUAUUAUCCAAAUUAUUAGCUGCCCUAGAGAUACUUUGUCUUUGGAGAAAGAGGGCUGGGGAAGAAGAUAUAUGUAAUUACUUAAGUGUAAUCCUUUAUAUCAGAGUAAUUUUUCUAGAACUAAAGUAGCAAUUGUUAAUAAAAUUUAAUUUCUCUCAAUAGACUAGAAGCAAAAUUCUGACAUAGUCUAUUAACAACUGUACAACUCUUUUAGAAAUAAAAUUACAAAGUGCUAAUGCUUUUAAGUUUA